CACUUUCUCUCACUCUCUCGCUGCAUUUCGACUGUUGCCUCGCGGGAGGGGUGAGAGGUACCCCCAGACUUAGCACCUGAGCAAGUUGUACAUGGGCGGACUGUCUAUUCCGUCGAGCCCGUGCUUCCAACCUGCGGACGACCCCCGUCCCAUAAAAAUGUGAGCAAACAGAGCUAACGGUGCUGUCGGCACGUCUGCAUUGGCUGUUACGAGACAUCAAACUGACACUGAGCAUCAGCACAGGGAGGAUGGCUUGUCCAGACCUGCAACUUUUCAUCCACAUCUGCUGCCUUUGGUCGCAAGGUCAAAGGACGACAUUCUAAGGCAAGAACCAAUACAUCCUUAUUCCACAAAAGUGGAUCCUGUAGACCAGAGUCGGAAUCCAAGACAGCAAGACAUCAGUCGUUGUUCCCUCGGCGCCUCCCGCGCCAGCAAUCAGACUCCACGAGCGCCAGCAGGCACCAAAUCACUCCCAACCAAUAAGGUCAUUCUUUUACGGACCCGCGCCUCUAAGGGACCGGCAAAUGACAGGUGAUUUUGCACCUACAUACGCCGGCGUCCGUCUCAUCCGUUGUCGCGGCAGAUGCUGUUGUAGUUGUUGUUUACCCUCGAGGCUACGACAACAUUAUUAUCUCCGCUACGCAGCUGCAGUGGUUUGAGAUGAUCAACGUGGCGGUCCUGGAGGAAUGCCACGAGUUCAAGUAAGAAAAGCAGUGAGUUGCUUGGUUCUGCGUGUCUGUUGGAUCCAAAGAUAUAGGUAAGGGGUUGGAUGAUUCAUUAAUACUUGACUAUCAGAAAGUGCAGCUGGGGACAGCUGGUACGAUCAAAGUGAAGAGAGAAACAAGCGAUCGUGGGCAGUGCUGGAUGUUUUUUUUUCCUUCACUUCCCUCGGCGACAGAAAGACAAUCACUGGUGUAACGUCAAAGGUCAAGCCUGGUGUGACAUCCCAUGGGAAUGAAUGACAUCAUGAGCAGGCCAGUGUAGCUGAACAGGUUCUACACUUGUGGAGCGGUGUGCAAAAUUUCUGAGUGGUCAACGUGACGAGUUUUAGCGGUUGGCGUGUAGAAAACGUGAUUGCGGAGUUCUAGCAUUCGUGACCUUUCGUGACAGAAGCACGGUCCCUCUCAGCACCACCACCACCCACACUGCCCGCUUCUCUUGGCCAGUUAGGACCCGAAUGAAAUCCUCUUUGGCCUCAUGCAAACACCCUAAACACGACUGGCGCUGUAAAUCAAUCAUCUACAAGCAGACGCCAGGACGCCGUUUCGCGCGCAGGGUCGUGACUCCAAGGCGCGAGUGACGCACUCACCCCUUUAUUACACGGCCCUCGACGACGGUUCGAGCAAGAUGGUCAACGGUUACAACGCCUCCAGUCCUGUGGGCACCAUGGUCCUCGACCUGGUGACGUCCAACCUGCGGGCCAACGACUCCCUGAUCUUGACGAGCACCCCGGAUAUCCUGGCGGACACCAUGCCACCCGCCAACGCCGAGAGCUUGAAAGUCGUGCGUUACGCUGUGCAGAAGGUGUGCGUGCCGCUGGUGGUGGCCCUCGGCGUCGUAGGCAACAUCCUCAACGUCGUCGUCCUGACUCGUCGCUCGAUGAUCAGCUCCACCAGCUCCUACCUGACAGCCUUGGCUGCCUUCGACACGCUCUACUUGGUCUGCAGCCUCACUCUCUCCUUCCAGCACUACGACGGUGUGAAGAGGUCGGUGGCGUACGUUCAUUGGUUUCCCUACGGCCGGGUGCUGACCGACAUGGCGGCCAACGCCUCCGUGCUGCUGACCGUCACCUUCACCGUGGAGCGCUACAUCGGCGUCUGUCAUCCCAUGAAGGGCAAAGUACUCUGUACACCACAACGGGCCAAACUGUUUAUUGCCCUUGUCACUCUGCUGGCAGUCGUGUGCACAGUACCAGAGCUCUUUGAAAUGGAGAUUGUGUGGGAACACGACGAGAGCAUGAACAAAAGCAUCGCCAGCUGGCAAUACACCGGAUUCUCCGUCACCUAUGGUUACCGCAUCGUCUACUAUUGGUUCCUGGUCACGGCCUUCACCUUCCUGCCGCUCCUGCUUCUCUGCAUCUUCAACGGCAUCCUGGUGGCCUCGCUCUUCCACGCGGCCGAGCUGCGCACGCGCAUGACUCUGACCUCCCCUCGCGGCCUGUCCGAGCGCUACGCUCGUGAGCAGCAACGCAUCACCAAGAUGCUCAUCACGGUCGUCCUCGUCUUCAUCCUCUGCCAGCUGCCCGGCGCCGUGCUGUUACUGUACGACACCUACAACAACCUAGCGCGCGUGGCGCUGUCCCGCUACUCCUACAACGAGCUGCUGAUGGCUGGCAACGUCACCAACCUCCUCAUCCAGCUCAACGCCUCCAUCAACUUCCUGCUGUACUCCAUGAUCAGCACCAAGUUCCGCCGCGUCUUCUGCCGAACGUUCUGCGAGCGCGGCAAGGCCAUGCGCCCAGUCUACCGCACCUCCACCUCCAAGAGUGACGUCAUCCCCCUCUCGGCCAUCUUGCUGUCGUCGUUCAAGCGUUCCACUGCUCGCAGCUGUGCACCUGAGCGGCCGGGUGGUGAAGGUGGUGGCGGUUGUUCCGACGCAAAUUCAGUGCUGCUGCCGCCGGCGGAACAGAAAAACCAGAACGGAACCUUAGGGAACUGUGGGCAGCUGAGGAGGUGGAACGAAGUUUAAAUCGUCGUGAGAGGGUGAAACUCUUUUCUCUCUUUUUUUGUUGCGGAUCCUGGAGGACAAUGUUGCUAUACUUGAAGGACGUGAGGAAGAAAUUUUGUGUUUUACGCCGAAGAUAAAUUAAAGACUAUUCGUUAAAAAAAGAUGACUAAUGCCUUCAACACUCACCCCGCCCAUGUGUGAAUCGGGUGGUGGAUCGGGUGGGAUGUUCUAACUGGUAUCGGUACCACUCCUUACUCUUACAUAGGGUUGUCCACCAGAGUUUGCCGUUCAGCAUACAGAUGAUUGAAGAAGAGGUCAAACUUUUUAAUAAAGUGUUACAAAAUCCUAAAGUGAAGUGUUGGUGGAUUAAACCCAGGCUUUUAAUGAAGAGGAAAAAUGAUAAUAACAGUAACAUAUACCUGAUAAUGCCCUCUUGCCCUUUUGACGGUAUCCUAACCGUUGGACAUUAUCAUCGCGUUCAUGUAUCGUUAUCCACGUUAGUCUGUGGCUCAGCGAGCACACGAAGCAACUGAACACUCGGUGUCAGAAUUCUACCAACAUCACACGUGGAAUAACAAACAGUACACUGUGGUCUAUCAAUCACCUACCUGUCAGGUAAAUGUAUACAGUCAGGAUCAAACAUCCGAGAUUCGGAGAUGGCCUUAUUGCAGGAGACAGGUGAGCAGUUCACAGUUCCUCUUCACCUGCCGCUGAAAAUGUUUGACACGCAUAAAAGCACAGAAGAGAAAAGCAGGUAUUAGACAGUUAGAACGGCGAUACACCGGCAUGAUGUAUAAAGUACACAUCAUGGAGCUGUGUGUGGUCAACCUCUAUACAUGGCGAUGAUAAAAAUUAUUUUAGUACUACACGAUUUAUUCGGGAUAUGUUACAGUACUGCAGUAAGACAGUAAGACAGAUAAGAAUUAUUAUUAUUAUUAUUAUUAUUAUUAUUAUUAUUAUUAUUAUUAUUAUUAUUAUGCGCCAAAUACUGUAAAGAUGCAGGAUUAUUGCUCAAACAUGGCAGUGAUACAAGGCAAAUCCUUGGCUGAUAACAGGAUUAUUGUGCUAAACAGUGAGUUUUACAGGUAAAGAGUGACUCGGUGACACAGGUACAGGCGGCAAAGAAUUCAGUGAUAAAUGGUCGAAUAGUACGGCAGUGUGAACAUGUGUGAAACAUUGUGAAGUUGGAAUAUGUGGCCUGUGACUACAGAAGUGUGUGGGACAUAGGCACAGUGAAUGUUAGAGGGAUACACACAAGACUAUAUCACAAAUAAUAGCGGUACUGAACAAGGUGAGAACAGUUUCCUACUGAAAAAAGUUAUUACUGAAAAAAAAUUAUUAUGGAAAAAUGUUGUUAUUUAAAAAAAACAAGAUUAAAAUGUUCGCUGUAAAUUAAACAUAUGUUAAAGAAUGCAAAGGCCUUCUCUGCCCAGAAAGUCAACUUGUAGCUUCAGUGAUUGUGUAACCAACAGAGUGUUGCCUUGCAUUACACAUGUAUUACUUUUGUGUUACAUGGGAAAAAAGCUUUUAAUAACUGAAGUCUAGUAUAAAAAAGGGAUUGGACAAAAGAUGAAGUUUGUGACUUCCCAAUUCCGCAGACGUCGGGGCUUCAUUGUUUCAUUUACUCUCGUCAUUCUGUUAUCUAAGCUGUCAUCUCAGACAUUCCGUGUUCAAAGACAGGACAGAUGUAGGAAUCGUUCUUUUUGCUGUUGCUGAGCAAUGGAAGUGAUGUUAGAGAGAUGCGGCCAUGAUGUGAUGUGAGGGAGUGUAUAAUUCAAAGUCGGCGAAGAGAUUGAUAUAUCAGUUAAUUCUAUGGUCAUUGCCAUACAAAAGGGAUAGAACAAAACAAUAAUAAAACAAUAUUAGUAAAAAAUAACCACUCUCUACAAUAACUGACGAGGGAGGUCAAAGUGCAGUUAUCAUACAUAUUUAGCCAAACAUUGAAAUCAAUCUGAUUUGAAACGUAUACAAUAGAUAUAAUUACAAGUUCUUUACAACACAGAUAUAUGAAAAAGACUAAACUUACAUUAAAAGAAAAAUCUGUCACUAGUGUUAAUAUGAGUAUUCCAAUCCUGCCACCUGCACAUAAUCAAUCUUUCAGUUUCUCAGUUUCAGGUUCAUCUAAACAAAACCCAAUCCAAAAGAAAAUACUUUUCAUUUUAAUAGUCAAAUCUCCCUACUAUGCCACCUACCGGGACCGAGCAAAAGUGGCAUAGUAGCGAGAGUGGCAUAGUAGAGAGUGUUCGUAAA